UUCACACACACAUACACACAUAUCUGAACUAGAUCAAGAUGUAAAGUAUACUUUUUAGUAUACUUUGUUAAAUUAAAAUGUUAAAAUUUGAAAAGAGAAUUAAGAAAAAAAAAGCCACCCUAGAAUUCAUCAGAACCUCCAGGUAGGCCUGCUCCUGGUCCUGGGAAGAUUUCUGGAGCAUCUGGGACAACAGAGUCUGGGCACAGUUUGUUUAUAGAAGCUCAGGGGCUGGUGGCUCCCUUUGACCCUGGUUAUGUCGGCUCAGCCCUCCACCCUCAGCAUGGUGGGCUGAAGACGCUGUUGUCCUGUGUUGUCUCCAUUUUCCCCUUUGUAGCUAUGUCUAACAGUGAGAUCGGACAGGGGAAGAAACCUCUAGAUACGUUUUUCUGGAUUAACGAGGUAACUGGAGAAAUUACCUACAUUUCGCUGAAGGCAGACGCACCUGCAACUUCUCCAGCUCCUCUUGAGAAGGUCGGAGAGAGGCCAAGACCUCGGUGCGGGAGCCUGCAGGGGGCUCCUCCCAGAGCCCAGGGUGCAGCCAGCACCCCUGCGCGGAAGCCCUCCCCGCCACCCUCUCCUAAGGCUUCACUGAAAGACACUGGCUCAAGAAACUCCCUCCCAUGCACACCGACCCAUCUCCCGGCCAAAGCGAGAGCCACGAGUCCCCCACCGUUCUCAGUAAUUCCUAUCAGCAUCUCACCACCAGGAGGCGCUCUGCCCGUAUUCGGCCCCCUUGAACCAGCCCCUCUGCCCGUUGCCUCUACCUUUCCUCCCAGCCCUUCUGCCCCCUGGGCCUUCACUUGCAAGCUGGAAAAUGCCCUUACCGGGAAAAAACGAUUUGCCUUUUAAGCUUGAGAGAAUUUGCCUGGCGACGGCCUCUAAGCCUUUUCUGAGCCACUGUGACCAGAGCAGCCUAUG